GUAUAUGUGUGGAUGGAUAUUCCAAUCAAUCUGAGCAAAGCAGUUACUGAAUUGUCAAGAACAGAUGGUCUCGAAAAAUAUGCACGGGCAUUUACUAAUGUUUAUGAGUUCUUUAACAAGACUUAUGCAAAUGAAAAACUUCUAGCGUUAAAAUGCCAGGAGCUUGAAUCAAAUUUGGAGUCGUGUACAGAAAAGUGUUCUGUAGCAGUGGCUCAGGUGGAAGAAAAUAGGGAUAUCAUAGCAAAGCUCAAGCAGGACUUAGAGUGGUCUCGGAAACUAACAGAUGCUGCUCAUGUACGGGAACAAAAUGCACAAGAAGCAAUAGAAAAUCUACGGCAACAAGUUUCUCGCCUGAAACAGGAAAUUGAAAAGAAAAAAGAAAUGGCAGGAGAACAGGCGGAUGAGUCUGGUCCUGCUGCGAAGAGUAAAGAAGGUCUUAUGAAAGAAAGAGAGAAGCUAUUGAACGAUUUGUCAGUCAUAAAGGAAAGAUUGGCAAACACACUGAAUUACCAAGCGGAGCUGGAAAAGGAAAUGUCUGCAGCUGACGCACGAAUUAGUGAGCUGACUCAAGAAGUCGAGGUGCAUUCUAGAGAUAUAAAGUGGCAGCACAAUGUUGAUUUGUUUCUGUGGGAACCCACAUGUGGUGAUUCCAGUGAUUCUGACUGUUUUGAUGAUGACAUUAAUGAUCCAGAUUUCGAUUUAAAUGAGGAGAUGGAAGAUUCUACUUAUAUUAAUUCUACUGCAAUCAAGAAAACAAUGGGCCAUGUGUCAGAAGCGAGCAAGCAACAGAGAAUCCGAGACCGCAUGGAACAAGAUCUGAAAGAUAUGAAAGCAGAAGUGGAAUCCAAGGAGAAGGAGAAUUCAGCCUUGUCUUUAAACCUGAAACAAACACAGAAUCGUGAGGAGAAACUUCAGAUAACCUUAUGUGAAGAGAAGAUUAAAGUAGAGAAUCUAACAAAGCAAGUCGAAUCUCUGAAUUCGCAGCUGCAAAAGACAACGCUCGAUUAUGAACACCAGCAAAUAUUAUCUGCUAAACUGACAGCUGAAAAUCUAGAGAAGACCACUGAAAUAAAGACAAAGGAGGACGAGCUUACAAAAGUUCGCAACGAGCUCUCGAAAGCUUCCAAACUGCAAGAUAGCUACCUGAAAAAAGCCCAGCAUAUGGACCAACUACGAGGCUACGCAGAACAGAAGAAGGUAAAAGCCAUGGAGACUUUGGCACUGGUGCAGCGGGAUAUGGAGGCUGCCAGGAAGCAGGCAAUUCAGGACAAGCGCACAAUCGAGAACGUGACGCGCCAGAAGGAAAUACUCAAGAACAACCUGCUGAAGCAGUCCAAUACGGUGGCCGAGCAGAAUAAAAUUCUGCAGAUUGGGGAGCAGGCACGACGAGGUCUCGAGUUGAAGCUGGGACAGGCAAUGAACGAGGCUGCAAAGCAAGCCAACAACAUCGCGGACCUUGAGCACGAGAGAGACAGGCACAUUGCAGAAGGGAUUGAACUGACAAGGAAAAUGCAAGAGACCAUGGAGGAUGUGCAGUUCAAACAGAUGACUAUUAUUGAUCAAAAGAAGCAACUGGCCGAUGCUGAAAUUAAGUUCUCAAAGCAACAGGACACGAUAGAAGCCUUGCGGUCAGAUAGAAACAGCCUUAGUAAAACUCUGCAACAGUCUAAGGAUGAAAUCAGUGAACUCAAGCAGAAGCUGGAGGUAAUGACACGUGAGGUGGAACAGCUCAAGGAAUGUGUGUCAUCUGCAGAAGCUCAAUUGCGAAAGGAACAGUCAGCAUUGCUGAAAGUCCAGAAGGAACGGGAGGCGCUUAGGGCAGAGCUACAGCAGACACGGGAGACACUGUCAGCGAGUCGGCAGGAGGUGGCGGCUCUGAACCAGGAGGUACGCCGCCUGCAGCAGACCAUCCACGAGGGUGAGAUGGAGCGCCGCCGCCUGCAGAAGGACAUGGACAAGAUCCUCAAUGAGCGUGACAUCCUGGGUACCCAGUUGGUACGAAGAAAUGAUGAGCGACUGAUUCUGCACGAGAAGAUCAAACUGCUGGAGGGGACUGUGACCAAGGGUGAUGCCGAGUAUGAGCAGCGCACGGAAGAUAUCAAACUGCUCAAGCUGGAGGUCCAGACUCUCAGGCAGGAGAAGACGCAGAUGACAACCAAAGUGAACAACAUGAGUGACCUGAGACAGGAGAUCCUUCACCUGGAGCGGAAUCUGACCCACGAGAAGCUCAAGUGCCGGGCCCUGGAAGAGGAGCUGCAGAACCCGCUCAAUGUGCAUCGCUGGAGGCGGCUCGAGGGAGCAGACCCAGAGAAGUAUGACCUCGUGCAGAAAGUGCGACACCUACAGAGGAGGGUGCUGAACAUGUCUAAGAUGGCAACAGACCGUGAGACGCAGAUAAAGGAAAUGGAGCGACGCUUUAAGGAACUUGUCGAAAAGACAGAGAAGCAGUGCAAGCCGGCACAAGAACUGGCAGACAAACUAACUGAAGUGAAGCACACUCUGGAGAAGAAAACUCAAACUGUUAAGUGUCUAGAAGCAGAAGUAAUCAUGUACAAAGCAGAGGCAAAAGAGUACAAGCACAAACUUGAGCUGACAAAGGAAGAAGUCAAUGAAUUCAAAAAACUGUAUUAUGAAUUGAAACAGAAGGAGAUGAAGAGGAAAGAACAGAUGGCUUAUGAAAAGAAGACAGGUUUCCACAUGAAGGUGGGGGUCACACAGACACAAGUGGUUUCUGAGGUCACAGAGACAAUUACUGUACUACCACAUGCUAUUAACAACCAGGCCCGUGGCAAGCCACGCAUCAUCGGUGGUGGUUUCAGCAUGGAUGCUCACUCCAGAAGGCAAACGUGCUAG